CGGCACGAUCAAUCUCUCCAUCCUCCACUUUGCUUCUUGCUUGACUGCACAUGCUCGCGGAUCACAGAACGCUGGUCACACGGCCGAGGUACAGUGGCUAUAUGGAACUGGCAAAGGCUUAUUAGCCGCGACACUUAGCACGUGGUAGAAAUUUUUGCACAGCAGGCGGCUUUCAGAUAUAUCCGAUUUGACCAGACAGCUCACUCGCAGUCCAGGAAUCUACCAACAAUGGCAUCCCUUCCUCAAUCCAUGCGAGCCUCACAAUGCAGCGACCAGACGAGAGGCAUCGAUAAGGACAUCCGUUACACUACAGACGCAUCACUACCUGCAGAAGCGGCGUCACUCCCUUCGAACUCAGCACUGGUCAAAGUGGCAUACGCCUCUCCCAAUCCAGUGGACUACAAGCUACCCGAAUCAAGCAUUUAUAGCACCCUGAACAUCAAGCAAAGACCAUUCAUUCCAUGUGGUGAUUUUGGGGGAACGAUCGUAUCGACGAAUCUUCCCAACCUCAAUCCUGGAGACCGCGUCUUUGGCCGCAGCGAUCCUCCGCUGUUCGGCUCCUUGGCUGAAUAUCUUGUUGUUCGAGGUGUCGAAAAUGUCGUCAAGCUCCCUGAUGCAGUAUCAUUUCAAGAUGGAGCAACGCUGGGAGUCGCUGGGCUCACAGCAUAUCAAUGCCUGGCACCAAAUGUACGAUCCGGCAACAAAGUUCUAAUCAAUGGCGGUAGCGGCGGAACGGGUACAUUUGCAAUCCAGAUCGCCAAAGCACUAGGAUGUUAUGUUACGACAACGUGCUCUUCUGCAAACGUCGAGCUGUGCAAACAACUAGGAGCGGACGAAGUCAUCGACUAUCGCAACACCGAUGUCACAGCUCACAUUACACGACAAGGAACGCAAUACGAUCUGCUGGUGGACUGUGCUGGUACCCCUGCCAUCUUCUGGAAGUCAUCAGCAUAUCUUAAGCCCGGAGGCCGAUACAUCACCAUUGCUGCGACAUUGACAUGGGCAUUUUGGUCUGAAAUGUGGAAGAUGAUGUAUCUGCCCACCUUGCUCGGCGGCGUGCCUCGCAAGGCAGAAUUCUUGCGACGUGUCACGAAGGCAGAAGACUAUGCGAAACUUGCGCAAUGGAUUGCAGAAGGCAAGUUGAAGCCUGUGAUCUCAAAGACUUACGACCUCGAAGACGCCAAGGCCGCAUUCGUGGAGCUCAAAUCGGGCAGGACAAGGGGCAAAAUUGUCGUCAAAAUAGAGAAAUGAGUCUGAGAAGGAAGCAAAGAUCCAUCGAAGCUAGUUCAGCACACUAUCAUAUUCCUACAAGCUCACAUAUGACACUCAGAUACACCUACCC